AAUCUGCAUUGGGCCUGUCCGUAGUUUUCCGUUUUUUUUUUCGAUUUUUCUGCGGUGAAAAAUCCUCACCCGUGGAAUCUUGAGUUCUCAACCCUUCUCUUAGUAAGCCAGAACGAUCUCCGGACAAAGCAGGAGCCUCCCUUACAAUUGAACCCACCUUUACCUGUAGAGUUUGAAUGGUCUGUAAAGGAAUUACCGAAGCCUUAAUUUCGUAGAACGGUUUCAGCUUCACUUCACCCUUAAGGAAAUUCUGAUACUACCUUCUGCCCUUUUCCAGUCCUCCGACUUUUAGUACAGAGGUAACCGGUAUCGACGUCAUUGAUACUCCCUUCUCUUCGAUGAACCUGUUGUAACAUCUGAGACUUCAACUGCCGCCCUGAUAGGCUCAUUACUGCAGGGACACAUUAUUUGUUUUGGGUUUGUAGUCUGGUGUUCAGUUAAGGUUAUGAAUCUUUCUUUCGUAUUUGUUGAUUUGUUCUCCUCUCUGCCACAUACUAUUUCCCAUUGCAACUCUUAGCUUCCUCUAUUUCGUAUUUGUUUCUCGGCAUUCCUCUACUUUGGUACUUAGCUUCGACCGUGAAGAAUCCUCUCCACUUCCUCGCGGGCGAAAACUCUGUUGCUUCCAUCCUUCAAUUCUGUUUGCUUGUUUCCUUAGGUUCCAUUUGUUUUACUGUAGAUGGGACAGAAAGAUUUUCAAUUGGACAUGGAAACAACUCCUAACUUGCCGUUGCCGGAAGCAUUUCUUGAUUUUCUAAAGGAGAAUGAUCUUGAUCCUUCAAUUUAUGUUUUGGGUGAUGUGACUCCACGCUAUAUAAGGCUGAAGCCAGGUGGUGGAACUCAAGUUGAAGAGAUUGAGGCUGACAUAAAGUGUAUGCUUGAGGAAGUGAGUUGGUUACCAGGGUUUUUUUCUAUCCCUCCUCAUAUUCAGAUUGCUAACUCGAAGGCAUACCAGGAAGGAAAGAUUUAUGGCAUGGAUGCAGCAUCUGGAGCUGCUGUUUUAGCCUUGAAUGUCUCAGCUGGAGAUCAUGUCCUUGAUCUUUGUGCUGCUCCUGGUGCUAAGCUGUGCAUGCUCCUGGAUCUUCUUGGGUCCUCUGGUUCUGUGACUGGUGUAGAUGUUGCAAGACAUCGUUUAGCAGCUUGUCGGACGAUGUUACAGAAAUAUGGAUUGGGUGACCGGUGCCGACUGUUUGUUGCAGAUGGAACAACAUUUUCCCUCCGACCUCUGAGGGGUCAUUUUGACUUAAAGUCAUAUGGUACCUCUGCGCCUCAGGAGAACAAUGGUUAUUUUAAGGAGUGGACAUCCAAGAGAUCAUGGAAAGAAAGAAAAAUUGCGAGUAAGGCAAGAAUUGGCACUGCUUCAGAGUUAGUUAUAGGGACUCGAGAGCCAGAAAUGAUAUUUUAUGGGAAACAUUCUGGUGUGGUUGGACUUACUAAAAGUGAACUAUUUCAAACUGCUUGCGGCAGUGAAGCCUUGGAUUCUGGCUAUGACAAGGUUCUUGUGGAUGCAGAGUGUACACAUGAUGGGUCAAUUAGACACAUUCAAAAAUUUGAACAUUGGGGCUGGAAAACUCUUCAACGUCGAGUAUUGGAUGCACAGAGAACUGACAAUUUGACCCACCUUCAGUUACAACUUUUGAGUAAUGGUUUCAGAUUGCUAAAGGUUGGGGGGUCGCUUGUUUACAGCACUUGCAGUUUGACAGUAGCUCAAAAUGAGGAUAUAGUGGAGCAGUUUCUUUCACAAAAUGCUCAUGCUGUGUUACAGGAGAUUGAUGCUGCCAAAAGUUGGCCUUGUAGGAGUGGCCGUAUACCAAAUACUCUUCGUUUUGAUCCUUUGACAUCCCAAACCAGUGGGCUUUUUGUUGCGAAGUUCACAAAAUUGGCAUCUUAGUCAAGAUCAUUCAUCUUUCGAAGUACAAUUUCACUUGAAAACCACCAAAGAAGUACCAUUGGUUUCCUACAACUUCCAGGGGUACGUAGUAUCCAAUAUCUGGGAUUAACAAUGGUGGAGUUUAAAUGAAGGGAAUGAAAAAUGGAUCUUCAGACAGAACAUGUUAUCCCUAUAAAGAGGCUUACAACAAGCAUUACCAACUAGAUGAGGGCAACAAAGAAUGACUCUCCAGACUUUUAUUUUAUUUCUACUUUUAGACUUUUGUAUCAUAAUAUGAUCAUUCUUCAUAUUUUAUAUGCAAGUUAAGUUGAUGCUACUUGAGGAACUUGAAUGGAUCCAUUGAACAAUGCGAGUAUGUAGCUCUUUUUUUAAUUUUUUUUUAUUUAUUUCUUUGUACACAAGUACAGUGGUAAGUAGGUCAGUGACAAGGGAGAACCUUGCUGAAGAACAUUGUUACCUUGUGGCUUCACCAGUUUAGUACUGCUUACAUCAGGGAAAGUCAAUAUUAAGAGUGCUAAAGCUUUAAUA